ACCGUGGGAAAGUGUGGCGCUUUAAACGGAUGCGCCGCAGAGUCGGGGUCCGACAGUCUCACGCCUGCGAACCGCGCGCACGGGGAGUGUACUUCGCCGAAACUUGUCUGCGCUCAAGAUGAAGAGGAAUCACGAUUUCAGCUCCUCUGACAGCGAGCUGGACGAAAAUGUCGAGAUUGAGAAGGAAAGCGCCGACGAGAACGGGAGCCUCCGGUCUCCACAUGGAUCCAUGUCUCCGUGUACCUCGUCCCAGGUCCAGGCGAGGAAACGGCGCAGAGGAAUCAUUGAGAAACGGCGCCGUGAUCGUAUCAACAACAGCCUGUCCGAGCUCAGGAGACUGGUGCCCAGCGCUUUUGAGAAGCAGGGUUCAGCCAAGCUGGAGAAGGCUGAGAUCCUGCAGAUGACUGUGGACCACCUGAAGAUGCUUCACGCCGCUGGUGGCAAAGGCUACUUUGAUGCCCACGCGUUGGCUAUGGACUACCGAGGGCUGGGCUUCCGCGAGUGCCUGGCAGAGACGGCGCGUUACCUGAGUCUCAUGGAGGGCCUGGACAGCUCUGACCCGCUGCGGACACGCCUGGUCUCCCACCUCAGCAGCUACGCAUCGCAGCGGGAGGCGCACUCGGGACUCGGACACUUGGCCUGGGGCUCCGCCUUUGGCGCGCCCCCCGCCCACCUGGCGCACCACCUCCUACUCCAACAGCAGCAGCAGCAGCAACAGCAGUCGGGGGCCACGCCCGCACGCACCGCCAGCAGCCCCGCCUCCUCCGCCGAGCCCCCGGCUCCCGCCAGGCUUAGCGGCACGCCGCACAGCGAGCCUGGACCCCUGAGGGUGCCCGCCAAUGGCACCCUGGCCCCGGUGCUGCCUGUCACCGCAGCCAAGCUCACGCCUCCCCUCCUGUCUGCGUUCCCCUUUUCCUUCGGUGCCUUUCCCCUCAUCUCCCCCAAUGCACUGAGCCCCUCGGCCCCCCCUGCUGGCCUGGGGAAGCCAUAUCGGCCGUGGGGCAUGGAGAUAGGGGCUUUCUGAUCUCGAACCUUGAACUGAGAACACCGGGAGAGCUGGGCCUCCUCGAACACAGCAGUGCAAAAGGCCGGUUGCUUCUCUUAUUGUGUUUCUUGUUGUAGAGAGAGAGGAAGUAAUUAGAUAAAAUUACCAUUAUAGAACAUGAUUUUAUAUAUGAAAGAGAAAAACAGGAACCUUUACACCAGCAUUGAGUUUUGUUUUUUAAUUUGUUUGUUUGUUUUUUUUGUUUAUGGCCUUGUCACCCUUACAGAGGCAUGAUACAUAAUGGCUGCAACCCACUGAUGUCCGGGUAGAACAGUCUUUUGUCUUUCAGUGUGUGAACCGCACACAGCUACUGGGUAAAGCAUGCUGAAGGAGGAGUGCGUUUGCUCAUUUUCCCUUAACCGUUUUGACGAGUGUAAUUUUUUAAACAUUUAUUUAAUAACUUACGAAAAGUCACAACGGUGACAUUUUUCCCUGGGUAAAAAUCAGUCUUCAUAUGAAAAAAAUUAAUCAAUUUGAGUGAUGCAGCCAUCAGCUGCUUCAGAAACAGUGCAGCCUUUUUUCUGGAUGUUGACAAGCAAGUCCUGUUAAAUCCUGUCCUUUAAAAAUCUGAUUUGUAUUCUAAUUCUUAAAAAUUUUUCUUUGGUAGCAAUAACAGCUGAAUGUUAUUGUACGCUUUGUAGCAGCUGAGCCUUUCGACUGUGGAUUUUGUAUUUUCUUAUUUAAACAAUAUUCAGUUCCCAGAUUUGCAUAGCUCAGUUUAUUCUUAUCUAUUUAAAUCUGACAACAAAACCAGUAAAAGAGGCACCUUGAAAUCUAUUCUUCCAUUUGAAAGCCUUGUUAUGAAACAAAGGGAUGACUGUUAGAAAAAUAUCAUUUUCCUUUAGGAUCUCUUGUUGUUUUCAUAAUUGCACUCCCCUCCUCAUAAGGUCUUUUAAAGUCUUCAAAAAAACAGUUUUGCAAAAUUAAAAAAAAUAAAAAAAUUAAAAAAAAAAAACAGAUGUGUAUUUCCGUUUGAGGUAAAAGGGUUUAUUUUGUAUGUUGUGAAUGAAGCAUUGACAAAUCAGGAGCCCUUGCUUUAUGUUCCGGGAUGCUUGGAGACGGGGUUAGCUGUAGUGCAGUAGGGGUUGGUUUUGUGCUCAGUUCCUUCCUUGUACCGCAUAAUAAACAAGCUGUGUAAAACCCCAAUGCUCCACCUCAUUCUUUUUCAUGUGCGCACACUUUCUGUCAUUUUUACAGCGUCUUCUGUUUCAGCCAG